AUGACCCUCACAAUUAAAUCUGAAAAAACCACUUACCUUAUAGACGUCGCCGUUCCAAACACCAACAACCUAAAACAGAAACACACAGAAAAAAUCCAAAAAUACAUACCGCUCGCAGAUGAGAUCAAACAAAUGUGGCAUCAAAACACAGUAAAAAUAAUCCCGAUUGUCAUCUCCUCAACCGGUGUUAUUCCAAAAACGCUUGCCGCUGCACUUAAAUCCCUUGACCUUCACAAAAACACAUAUAUACAGUUACAAAAGUCAAUCGUUAUAGAUACCUGCUCUAUAGUCCGCCGCUUCCUUAAUUCAUCUUCAUCCUUCCCUUCAACUCAUCCGGGAGUUGUAUUAGAUAAACUAGAGCUUAUAAUGUGGGAACGUUCCCUAACUACGCUAUCAAAUGGCCAGAUAGGCCAUGUUAAACUUAAUUAUGCUUCUAUUCUGAUUUCUAUACAGCUUCAUGUAUUUUAA